AUGCCUGCAGAAAACGGUGGGAAAAAUGCUCGGGAAGAUAUCGCUUCGCCCAAAAAUAUGGCGCCCGACGUAAUCGUUCCUUUAAUACCAUCUUCCGAUGGUAUUAACCUUGGAGAAAAAACAAAGAAGGAAAAUAAAACAGCAGGUGAAGAAAGCUCCCAGGACAUUUCAUCUGAUGGAACGUCAUAUGGUCCACCGCCACAAGCUCAGAACACAACAAACCCAAAACGUGAGCCCGAACAAGCCAGCGAACGACGUCAAGUACCUAGCUCAAAGGACAAACACCACGUUCCUAUCAUCCUUUUAAUCGUUGCAUUUAUGUUAAUUAUCGUGGCUAUCAUGUUUUGGUCUCCAGAACCUGAAAUAGAAACGGAUUUUGACUUUCCCAAGAUCUUUGCAAAUAAGAUCGUGGAACUUCAGUCUUCUUUCACUAAUCAAACUGACCGGUUCUGGCGGAUCUUAAAGAACCGUGGUUUGGCACAUCUCAGAAAUGCCAGUCCCCCUCAGCCACUAGUAUUGUUACUAGCUGCAACCCCAGCUGCUCAUAGCACUGUUGAGUGUUUUGCCAGGAAGCUUGCAGAGGCAUUAGACCCAAAACACAAGAGAAUGUUAGCUACAAUUGAUGGAAGAGAAGAAAGGAAUUACCCUGGUGAGAAGGCUAAGAAGAAGAUGGAUGAUUUACUAAUAAGAAGGUUUAACAAUGGCCACAGAGCAGCACUUAUCCAUCACCUUGAGCUCCUUCCGCCUCCAUCACCUCUGUUGUUCUACUCAUAUUGUGAUGAUCAGAAUGCACCAAAUAAACAUGUUGCGAUUAUCUUCACCGUACACUUGCCUGUAGAGCCAGAUGCAUCUUUAGAACCCAAAGAAGCAGAGGGAACAGUUGAGAAGUACCUUGCUGACGAAGUUUGGGGAAAAGAAGAUAAGGAUGCUAUUGCAGCUCUUUUGAGCCGAGUUGCAAACACAGUGGCUCUGAUGAAUGGUGAAUCUAGUAGUUUAGCUACUUGUUAA